CAGAGCACGGAGCACGGAGCACCUGAACAGUCUGAUUCUGCAGUUUUAGACAUUUACUCUAAAUAGACCAGUAGGACAACCACAACUAUGAUUUCAUGGGGGGAGGAUAGUCGUAAUGGCUUUGGUUUAUUGAAUUCCAAUGUUUUAGACAGUACGAAAACGGAUAGUAAUUGCGUUCAUUGGUUACAGCCGAAAUCUGAAAUUCUACAUUUAUUCGCAAGUAAAAGUGUAUUUGCGUUUAUCAGAAACGAUGGGGGAUCAGUGUCGGUCGCUCGUAUGCGAGAGGAAGAUGGGAGAAGGAUCACAGGAAAACUUAAGAGUUCGAACUUUAAAGAGAAGAUCCGGUCUCUGUGUUGUGGAGAAUCGCAUGUUGUUUUGCUGUCUGAGAAGGGCAGGCUUCUCAGUUUGGGUACAGAUAAUAUUUCCAGACCAAUAACUAUCCCAAACUGCCGACCAGUAACUCAGGUUGCAUGUGGAGACCAGCAUUCAAUUGCCCUCACACAGGACGGUCAGGUAUUCACCUGGGGUCUCAACACCAGCGGUCAGCUGGGUUUGGGGAGGGCCGUGCCCAGCGCCGCGUCCCCUCAGCCCCUGAAGUCUCUGUCCGGCGUCCCCCUGGUUCAGAUCACCGCUGCGGGCGACCACAGCUUCGCCCUGUCCCUCUCUGGAUCUGUGUUUGGCUGGGGCAAGAACGCUGCCGGUCAGUUGGGUCUCGGGGACACAGAAGACAGACAUGGUCCGGUGCAGGUCGAUUGCCUGAAUCUGAAGAAGACUGUUUUGAUUGCUUGUGGAGAAGAACAUACUGCCGUUCUGACAAAAGGUGGUGUGGUGCUCACUUUUGGCUCUGGGCGUUAUGGGCAGCUCGGACACAACUCAUUCAGCGAUGAACUACGACCUCGAGUGGUGGGAGAACUCUGGGGGGGAAAUGUGACCCAGAUAGCCUGUGGAAGACACCACACUUUGGCCUUUGUACGGGCCUCCAACAAGAUCUACUCAUUUGGGUGUGGAGAGCAAGGGCAGUUGGGAAAUGGAGUUAAGAUCAACCAGUCGGUGCCCCUCCCAAUGCAACUGCCAGACCAAAUGAAUGACAUGCAUGUCGAACACAUAUAUGCUGGAGGAAACCUUUCCUUUGGAUUGUGCGGUCUUGGACAGGAGUUCGAAGAAAAGUCAAACAAUUUCCGGUCAAGUUUGAAAAAAGUGUCAAACAAAUUAGAUAUGAAAAUCAUUGACAAAUGGAUGUCAGGAUGUGAUUCAAAAUCAUGGAAAAAAGUAAAGAAAGAAAUCAAGCAAAUUUUCUCUUCUGCAUCAUGUUUAAAUGGGAGCUUUCUUGAUGAACGUUGUGACAAACAUUACCAAACCUCACCAAAUCAGUCUGGACUGGAUUUCUCACUUGUCCGAGACGCAUUCCGGAAGCUGACAAAGAAAGAUGUUUUGGCUGAAGUGGAAACCGCCGUCCAGGACAUGUUGCUUCCGGCUCUGUAUGAGGAUCCCGUCGGGGUCGAGGGCCUGAGGAUCUACCUGCUUCUUCCUGAGCUCCUGAGGGUCCUUCAGAAACAGCAGAGAGGGGCGGACCUAACUGAGGCUGUUGCCGCUGCCAUCCUCAGGCUCCACCCCAACAAGCUGCGGGUCCUCGGUGACUUGUGGACCUCUUUGAAGCCCUCUGUCCUGACCAAGCAGAUUGGGGUGUGGAAGAAGAUCCUGUCCAGGAUUUUGACGAGCGGAGACCCUUCACGUUCCCGUGACACUGGCGUCAAACACCUGCUCCAGGUCCUUGACCAUGUCUACAGGGCAAGCCAAAAAUCUGGAAAGACACCAAAAAUUCCUGACAGUACCUUUUGUAUGGAGGAGUUUCAAUUUAAUCCUGAGUUUCUAAAAGAGGACCUUAUACUUUGGCAUUCAAAGAAGGAUGUGGGUCCGAUGCCUGCAAUCUUUUGUUGUUACCCAUUUGUGAUGAACCUCCCGAGCAAGAUCAACGUUUUCAACAUCUAUGCCACUCUUAUGAUGAAAAAGAAUCAGCCGUUGACUGGCAUGUGGCCCUUUUUCAUUGCCCCUGCCUGGUUUGAACUGAAGGUGAAGCGGGCGUCACUUGUCGAAGACACUUUCCAACAACUAAGUCAAGCAAGAUGCAGUGCCUUCAAGAGGCCCCUUGUGGUAUAUUUUGACGAGGAUUCAAAGCAGACGGAUGUGUACAAAAGGGACUUCUUCCUCCACUUGUUCGAUAAGCUGCUCAAACCGGACUCUAGGAUGUUCAUGUACAACGACACCAAGACACUGGCCUGGUUCCCCGCGAAGCCUACAGUGGACAAGACACGGUACUUCCUGUUCGGGGUUCUGUGUGGGUUGGCCCUGUUCAACAACAACAUGGUGAAGCUCCCCUUCCCCUUUGCCUUCUUUAAGAAACUGCUGAACGUCAGCACCUCACUGGAAGACCUGAAAGAGUUUUCUCCCGUUCUAGCUGGGAGUUUGCAGUACAUCUUGGAUUUUCCUGACGAUGACGUUGAAGACAUGGACAUUACUUUCUCCGUGACUUGGAAUGACGUAGAGGCGGAACUUGAACCAGAAGAAACCGGAAAACUUGUCACAGGUGCUAACAAGAAGGAAUUUGUUGACGCCUAUGUGAACUACGUCUUUAACACGUCAGUAAAGACAGUGUUUGAGGAGUUCAGGAGAGGCUUCUUCGAGGUGUGUUCCAAGGGCGUAGUGGGGAUCUUUCAGCCGGAGGAAUUGAGGGGUGUGAUGGUGGGGAAGGAGAACUACGACUGGGAAAAACUGAAACAGAACACUACGUAUGAAGGACAGUACUACGCUGGACAUCCUAACAUCCUCGCAUUCUGGGAGUCUUUCGAGGAACUGACCGAGGACCAAAAGAAAGCUUUCCUGCUGUUCCUUACCGGCUGCGAUCGCGUGCCGAUCCUGGGUAUGGACCAGAUCAGGAUGAGAGUUCAAACCCUUCUGAACUCCUCCCAACAGCAUUUUCCAGAAGCACUGACUUGCCACUCUAUACUCCUUCUACCACUGUACAGCUCCAAAGAGACCCUAAAAGCCAGACUUGUACAAGCUGUCGGCCACAACAGAGGUUUCUAGAAUGAUUAACGGCUGUGUGGUGUUGCCACGCGGUUCAUCUAUUUAUUAUUAUACAGGUGGUUAAGUGCAGGUUAACUUACAUGUUGUAUUUCCAAACCCGCCGAGAGAUCGGUGCGGUACUCUGGACAUUUGUGAUUAAUCUUCAUGAUCAUACUGCAAUUUGCAAAUAGUUGAAAAAAAUAUGUAUGUGGAAAAGUACAGCAUUUAAAAGAUCCAAUCGAAUUAACAAAAAUGAAGACGUCCAAGACAGGGAUAUCCCUAAGUUUGUAUAAUCAUCAAAAUGUGCAAAGGAAGCAUAUCAUGGUUCUAGUUUAACACUGUACAAAAAUUCAUUAUAGAAAUGAAUGGAAAAGUACAACAAUUCAUUAUAGAAAUAAAUGGAAAAGAAAGUAUCCCUGCAGUUAUGUGGCGCACACAGGCACAGUUACUUUGACACGCAUCCAUGGACACUGACAGACUUUGAGAGAUCAUUUAGACUUGAGACGACAUGCCAAAGGUCGUGUCUACGAACAUCUGGGAAAACCCAAUCAAAGCAGCCAUUUAAAGGCUUCAGGAAGUGGUCACACACUACACCACAGAAGCGUGGACAUUAUCCGCUGUACAGUGCGCUGCUUGGAUUGAAUCUCUGUUUUUUUUUU